UGGCUCUCUGAUACUCACCGUUCGGAUACGAAGCUCAGCUUGUGCCAUGAAAGGUAGCAUGAUAUCGGUGAAGGAGAAGAUUUCUGGAUUCGCGCCUCCUCACCUCGAAAGUAAAUUGUACAAAGACCUUUAUUUGUGCGACUGGUCACGGCAAACCCUUCAGUUAUUCCUCCCGGAAGAGCGGCUAGUGGAAUGGAAAACAGUGGCAUUGAUACUCAAAUCCUUUGGGAAGAUUACGGCAGACCAAUGGUCUGAUAUGGUGUGGAUGAAGGAUAGGCCAUCUGUUGCGGGUCUAAAUUGGAGGGCCAUUGAGAAGGAUAUCAAGAUUUACAAGAGCAGAUUGGCCGAGUUGAAAGCUAAGGGGAAGCAGACAUACGCAAUCGGUAAAGAAAACGAUAUCACCUUAUUGCAACAGGAUUCUGCUAUUGCCUGACAUAUUGGAUAUGGCGUCU